AUGUUCCGCUCGACCCUCCCCACCCACGCGUCAUGGCAGCCUGAAACAUUGCGCUACGUCGACCGCAAAGAGGUCGCUGCGUCCUACUGGAAAAACGGGCGGAUGUCACCCGGUUUACUCCGUGCUCGCCGCCAAUUCCGCACCAAAAACGCGUUUGCGGGCAUCGUGCUGCUGGUAUUCGUCGUCGGGGUGUUUACGUACUCCAUUGCGGCGGUGAAGCAAGAUGUAUUCGACGAUCUGGAUGAGGAGGUCAAGGAGCGCGCGGUGUUGGAGGCCAAACGGACCGCGUUGAGUGUGGAAGAUGAAAAACGCGCUAUGGCAGCGGCGGCGAAGGCAGCGACCGUCUCUCUCACCGCAAAAUUGCCAGUCGACAGCAGUAAUUCGAGGAUACCAACGCCUCAACAACAACAACAACCUCAAGGAGUUUUGACACAACCUCGAGGAGUUUUGACGGCAGUUCUCGAUGCACGGUAUCCGCGCUUACUAGAUCCAACUCGAAAGACGCUUGUGUGGGGGGCACCACCUGUGGAUAGCAUUGGGAGACUAGGGGACAGACUGUAG